AUGGCCGACGCAUCGUCCCAAGCCCCAGCCGCAACCAACAAUCCGGCGGCCGAGACGGUUCCCGUCCAGGAGACGGCCCAAAACGAGCAGCCGACAGAAAAUGGCGCUGAGCAGCCCGAAGUUGUCCUUCCUCACGACCCCAAGACGCCGCUCGAGCUGCCGGUUUCCCCGUUGGAACAAAUCCACGAGAUUCGGCAGUCCAUCAUUGAGCACCCUGUGGCUCUUCAGUACUCGUGCUUCCACCUGGAGCACAACGGCCAGCGGGUCAACGACUUCGUUCAAGUUUCGGAUGUCGAGGGCCUUGGCGCCGGCUCCGAGCUCCAUGUCGUGGAGGACCCGUACACGGAGAAGGAGGCCAGAAUCCACUUCAUCCGGAUUCGCGAGCUUAUUGGCGCUGCCGGCGAUCGCACCGACACCGCCCAGGGCAUUCUCGCUGGUGUCUCUAUUUUCGACGAUGUCGCAGCUGCCGCUGCCGAGGAGGCCGAAAAGGACCUCGAGCCAUAUGACUUCGAUGCGCCGGCUGAUCUGUCGGUUUUGCUCCCCAAGGAGCUGCCGCCAGCACCCAAGACGGUGAAGCAGAUCACGCUAUCGCCCUGGAACCCUCCUCCUGCUCAAUGGCGUCAAAAGGGUCACCUUCUGUACCUCUCUGUCACGACUAAUGAGGGUGAUCAGUACCAGAUCACCGGACAUGUUGGCGGUUUCUUCGUUAACAUGUCCAGCAACUCCAAGUUCAACCCCCUUCCUCGUACCGAUGCUAAGGCCGCGUCGGCCCAUUCCCUUUUUACUCUUCUGGGCAAGAUUUCUCCCUCGUUCAACAGCGCAUUCUCUGAGUUCCAGCAGUACGCCAACAAAAGGGAGCCUCUCGCGACCUUCCAGAUAGGCAAUACUGUCCCUGCUGCCCCCUGGCUUGUUCCCCCUGCCUCCUCGUCGCAUGUCGCCCAUGUCUCGGACCAGACCCGCUCUCAGGAGACGUACCUGCUGGGUGGCGCUGAAAACACGGAUUCGCUGAGGGAUUGGAACGAGGAGUUCCAGUCUGCGAAAGAGCUGCCUAAGGAGACGAUCCAGGACCGCGUCUUCCGGGAACGCCUGCUUGCUAAGCUCCAUGCCGAUUACAACGAUGCUGCAGCUCGGGGUGCUGUCUUGGUUGCUCGCGGUGAGGUUGCUCCUCUGAACCCGACUGAGGGCCGUGACGCUCAGAUCUUCGUCUACAACAACGUCUUCUUCUCCUUCGGUGCUGACGGUGUCGGCACUUUCACUAGUGAGGGCGGUGACGAGGCUGCCCGUGUUGCUACUGGCAAGGAUGUUCUUGGUGUCAAGCUCGUCAAUCAGCUCGACAUCGACGGUCUCUACACUCCUGGCACUGUCGUUGUCGACUACCUCGGCAAGCGUAUCGUCGGUCAAAGCAUCGUCCCUGGUAUCUUCAAGCAGCCUGAGCCGGGCGAGAACCAAAUUCACUACGGUGCUGUAGACGGCAAGGAUGUGGUUGCUGCUGACGAGAGUUUUGCCCCUGCUUUUGGGAAGCUGGCUCAGCAGCUGCGCAUUAAGAAGCACGCCGUUUGGGAUAAAGAGAACAAGCGCUAUGACCUCGAGACGAGCGUCGAAAUGAAGGGUCUUCUUGGCACCGAUGGCCGCAAAUACGUCCUCGAUCUGUACCGGAUUACUCCUCUCGAUAUUGCAUGGAUGGAGGAGAGUGGUCCCAAUGGUGCCGAGUACCCCCACCGGAUGACAGUUCUGCGUCCCGAGCUAGUUGAGGCUCUGGGCAAGCAGAAGGCUCGUGAGUUCGUCGCUGCCGAGCUGCAGAAGCGUGCUGCUCAGAAGAAGGAGGCCAACGGUACUGCCGAGAACCAGGAGAAGACCGAGGAGCACAAGGCUGAAGAGAAGGCUGAGGAGGCGAAGGCCGAUGAUGCCGAGAAGAAGGCUGAGGAGGAGCAGAAGGAGGACAAGAAGGCCGACAACAUCGACCGGAUCGAUAUGUCUGGCUUCAAGUUCGCCCUGAACCCUGAUGUUUUCAGCGGCCAAACACCACAAACAGAGGAGGAGAAGGAGCAACUGGCCAAGGACGAACAGGAGGUGCGUGAUGCUUGCAAGUAUCUCCGCGACGUUGUUAUCCCUGCUCUUCUGCGGGAUCUCAGCGAGUCGGACAUCAGCUUCCCCAUGGACGGCCGGUCGCUCACCUCCCUGCUGCACCGUCGCGGCAUCAACGUGCGCUACCUCGGCAAGCUGGCGUCACAGUGUGACGGCAACGCUCGUCUCGACUGCUUCCGCGAGGUUUGCGUUCGUGAGAUGAUUGCUCGCUCGUUCAAGCACAUCGCGUGCAAGUACCUCAAGACUCUUCCUUUCCCUCUAACCUCGUCUUGCUUCUCUCACCUCUACAACUGCUUGCUGGGUACUGGCCUGAACGCGAAGCCGGUCGCCGAGAUUGAUGAGUCGUAUCGGGCUCUCUAUAGCGAUGCCGACUUGGCCUUCGAGAAGGUCACUCCUGAGAGCCUUCGGGAGGAAAUCCAGAUUGAGACGACCAAGCGGUUCCGUUUCGUUCUCCCGGAGAGCUGGUGGACUCAGAUUAAGCACCUCCAGCUUCUUCGUGAGAUCUCCCUGAAGCUCGGCGUGCAGUUGCAGGCGAAGAAGUUCGCCUUCACUGUGGCCGAUGCUGAGGCCGAGCCAGCGGCUCCUGUCCAAACUCCGGCCGAGGCUACUCUUGCUUCUGCCUCUUCCUCUUCGAGCAAGAAGAACAAAAAGAAGAAGUCUCGCGAUGGGUCUCCAGUUUCGGUGCCGGCAAAGGUCCUACCGCCGCAGACUUUCAGCCCUGAUGACUUCGUCAAUGUGGUGCCCAUCAUCAAGGAUUCGGCUCCUCGUAGCGCGCUUGCGGAGGAGGCCCUGGAGGCCGGUCGCCUCUCUAUCUAUCAGCAGCAGAGGAAGCUGGGUGAAGAUCUCCUCCUCGAGUCUCUGUCUCUGCAUGAACAGAUUUAUGGUCUUGUUCACCCUGAGGUUGCCCAGAUGUACCAGACUCUGUCGCAGAUGUAUCUGCAACUGGAUCAGGGCGAGGCUGCGGUUGAGCUCGCCAAGAAGGCAGUCAUCGUUUCUGAGCGGACUUUCGGUCUUGACUCCGCUGAGACAGUGCUCAACUACCUCAACUUGAGCUUGUUCCUUCAUCAUCGUGGUGAGAGCAAGCUGGCGCUCGGUUUUGCCAAGCACGCCCUCAAGAUCUGGAAGGUCAUCUACGGUCCUGACCAUCCCGACACCAUCACCACGCUCAAUAACUACGCCGUGAUGCUUCAGAGCCUCAAGGCGUACCACGAGUCGCGGCGGUGGUUUGAGGAGUCGCUGCGCGUCUGCGAGAAGGUGUUUGGCAGGCAGUCUAUUAACUCGGCUACUCUGCUCUUCCAGCUCGCGCAAGCGUUGGCUCUCGAUCAGGAUCCUAAGCCUGCCGUCGAACGCAUGCGCGAAAGUUAUAACAUCUUCCGCAACGCUCUCGGCCCUGAGGACAAGAACACUAAGGAGGCUGAGCACUGGCUUGAGCAGCUCACGACUAAUGCCGUUGCUGUGCUCAAGAACGAGGCUCGUCGUCAGGCCCGUCCUGGCUUACGUCUUGCCUCGCGUAUUGGCCGGUCUACGCCUGCGACUGCCGCAACGGCCCCUACCACGACCCCCUCGGUGCCCCCGCCGCCUCCGGAUCUCGACAAGCGCACUAUUGAUGAGCUUGUCCGCUACAUCGAGGGCGGUGACAAGAAGAAGAAAAGCGGCAACUCUGGUGGCUCGAGCACGGGCAGCAGCGGUGGUAAGAAGCGCGCUGGUCGCGGCAACCCGAAGCGGAGGGGCGGUGCGAGUGCUUAG